AUGGAUGUGGAGCGGAGCUCGGCCUGUGUAGCGGUGGACCCUCCCGACGGGCAGGCUGGGGACAACCCACUGGGGUCCUACAAGUGGUUCACGGGAUGCAAGCCGGUCGCCAGGAGGGGUGAGGAUGGAGAGGAGCAGGCAGCUCCCAGGGAGGGGGUCAGGGGGGAGGAGGAGGUGGAGGAGGCCAGGACGGCUGAGGGGGAGAACUCCGAGCUGGACGGGGGUCCGGCCCACGGCGAAGGGCGGUCAGCGCAGCCCGGGAGGGACCCGCUCUCGAGGAGAACAAGCUACCAGCGAGCUGAAUCAGUGCCUUCCCAAUCAAGCAAAGCUCCUGCCGCUCUGAGGAAGGUGAAGUCAGACUCAGCCGAGAGGUUCCGCAGGUUCCUGAACUCAUUUUCCAGCCGGUUGUCCCGGAAACGGUCCUUUCAGGAGUCGGCCCCAGAGCAUACCCAGCAAGACAGUGUUGAUGCACCAGUGACCUCUGAAACUCAGAGCCCUCCCAUUUCGCUGGUACCUUCAGCAGGAGUGCCAGUCUGGGACGUCAAUAACUGUACUCUUGUCAACGGUCAGUUGAUGCUGAUGUCCAAAGAUGAUGAGGCGGGCUGUAGAAUUAGGCUAAGGACCAGUAGCUGCAUAUCUGAUAGUAGCCUCGGUGCAUCACAGAAUUGGGACUCUGUACCUGGCAAAAGGAGCCCAGCUUCUGUGAGGAAAUUGGAACGGGCAGGAGGCACUGGCGAGCGCCCAGUGAACAACGUGAAGAAUCUGAUCAUUCGAAGAUUGCGAAGGAAGAAUCAAAAUCAACCAGAAACACCACAGUUUCCAAAUGACAGGUAGGGUGAAGGGUG